CAGUCCUUUCCCGGUCGUUGUGUAUCUUUACUCGGGCUGAUCUCAAUGCAAAUAAAUCGCGUCUCCCUCCAUUGACGCGUGCUGGCUGUCCAGGAGUCGCGUCGCGGUUCUCGGCGGUUCCUCCGAGUAACGUUUCCGAUGCGAGCGCGUCCAGUCGCUUUCUAUUUCGUUCCUGGCCCGUUUGAAGAACGGUGUCGGUACCAUUAGGCCUCGAUACCUGUUGCGAACGGGUGAAACUGUACACUCGGCCACCACCGUGUUACUCGCCAGGGAGAUAGACAGUGAAUUUACUCAUUAUCAGUGAUUACUCAAGAAAAGCGAAGAUCGACCAUGGCGUGGACGACGAUUGUUGUUUUGGCGACGUUGUGCGCGUCGAUACGCGCGAUCGAGUCCGACCAGGUACUGAUGAGGCAGACGAUGCCGGGAUACACGGUCCUCAGCAACGCGAACAUCCUGAACACGUCCAGGUGCCGAACAGACAUGGAGGAAUUGAAGGAGCACAUAGACAUGCGGUCUCGGUGGGCCAUGAAAGUGCUGGACUGCAACGGCCUGCCAACUUCUGCGAUCACAGAAGGGAACAUCUAUUGGCUAGGCAACUCGCCGUUGUGCCGUAUGAUGAACGAUAAAGUAAUACCAUUGUUGGGAUGGACAUUGUCGGAGAACGCUACUGCCUACAAAAACCUCUCCCUCGAAUUCCCGCCCUUCGACGUGGACUAUUAUGUAGCCCGAUUCCAAGAGAACGCCGACCUCCACGACUUCAUAAUUGCUUCCUACACCGAAAGAAUUUUGGUGAUCGGACUGUGCAUGCCAUCUUCCUGCUCCACGAACCAGUUAUCCACGAUACUAAAGAAGAUUAGCGACGACGAUGAUCUCCUAAUGGAGCGACUUUACGACAUGAACUUCAGCUUGAUUAGCGUCAAGGAACUCUACGGCGACCAAGAUUGGCUUCUCAGUGGCCAGAUAAUAAUGAUUAUAUUAACCCUGAUGGCACUGCUUGUUAUGACAAUAGCGGGAACAGCGUACGAUCUAGCCGUGCAUCAGAAACGCUUGGAAAAGAAGCAGGAGUUCCUUACUUAUGAGAACAACAACACUAAUGACGUGAAGAACGACGAGGAGACGAAACACGAUGCCGACCGCGAGCCCCCCACGAUGGAGGACCUCGGACCGACGAACACCUUGGGGGAAAUUCUAAUUUGUUUCUCGGCCUAUACGAACACCAAAAAGAUAUUUACAUUAAACAACACAAGGAAUAAGUUGGAUAUAUUUCACGGAAUGAAAGUCAUUGGAAUGUUUUGGAUCGUCCUGGCGCACGUCCUCUUUUACGGCUCCUUCAACAUUGGUAACAAGCUGUCGACACUUUUAUCGUCUCAAUAUCUAAUAUCCCAGCCUGUAACCAACGCGACGUUCUCCGUGGACACCUAUUUCUUCAUGAGCGGAUUCUUACUAACGCACAUAUUCUUCAAAGCAACGAAAAACCAAAAAAUGGCAGACGUUAGCGUCGGCAAGAAAGUGAUUCAAUUUAUAGUAAUGAUCAUCCGAAGAAUGGCAAGGCUUACACCUGCAUACGGAGUCACGAUACUACUCGGGAUACUAGUAUUCACAUGGCUUGAUAAUACCGGGGUGUACUCUUUAUACGAGGAAGGACACGUUAGGUGUUCGAAGUACUGGUGGAAGAAUUUACUUUACAUCACCAAUUUCUUCCAGUGGGACGACAUGUGUCUUACGUGGAGUUGGUAUCUGUCCGAUGAUAUGAACUUCUUCAUAAUCGGUUUAAUAGUGCUAAUUUUAUCAAGCACGCACUUUUACCUCGCCAUAAGCAUAGGCACUGUAUCGCUGAUUUCAUCGAUAAUAUCGUGCGCUUAUACAGCGUAUAAUAUCAACUACUAUCACACAAUAGAUGUACAGUUGAGCCUGUUGACCGAAAUUUACAUACCACCGUGGAUUCGAAUUGGACCAUUUUGGAUAGGAAUGCUCACGUCUAGCUUACUUAAUAAGUGGAACUACGAAGUGAAUAUGUCGAAAGCAGCCGUAACUAUCGGAUGGACAUGCGGUAUAGUGUGCAAUAUGACGAUCCUUCUCGCCGUAUACGAUAAAUCCGUAGCCCCCAUUGUGUCUGCUUUGUACAUAGCGGUGUCCAGAACAAUGUGGGGUCUAGGCAUCGCGUGGUUAACGGUUGCGUGUACUACAAACAACGGCGGUAUAGUAACUAAAAUUUUAGCGCAUCGAUGCUGGAUUCCCCUGAGCAAGCUAACAUACUGCAUUUACCUGUUAAACCCCCUUAUAAUAUACACAUCGUUUUUGGGAAGUAACUACCCCGUCUACAAUGACAGUACCACGACUAUUUUCUGGUAUCUGGGAAUCUUCGUUGCUUCUCUCACAUUUGGUAUGAUGUUAUCCUUGCUCGCAGAGAUUCCAGCGAUGCUGUUGGUAGACAAGUUAAUUGCUAGGCAUAUCGGGAAGAAAUGAGUAAUACAUACACGUAUACAUUCCGUUUUUAUAUCCUUAACAUGUAGGAAGGAGGACCAAUCUGUAGAGUCAACUACGCAAAAGUCGUAAACGUCUUUCUUUUUUUUCUGUUUUUAUCAACAAGUGUUCUGUACACAGCGAUUGCGAGUUUAAUCGGUAUCAUACGC